UGGAUCAAGAGUUUUAAACAAGAAAACAUCCCAUGACUAACCAAAAUGACGGACUAUUUAAAUAUAUCGUGUUUGCCAAGUCCGACGGAGAGGUACAGCCUUGAUAAAAAGCUUGGCUCCGGCAUCUUCGGCGAAGUCUUCAAAGCUUCGGACGGCCAGGCCGCUCGAAAGGCCGUCGCCAUCAAAAUACAAACGUACAACGAUGACACAGAAGUGCACAUCCAUGAAGAAUACAAGUGCCUCAGGGAUCUUACACAACAUCCCAAUCUCAUCGAUUUCUAUGGAGUAUUUUGUGAGAGGUCGGAAGGUGUUAAGAAGAUUUGGUUCGUUCUCGAGUUGUGUGAAUGCGGAUCUGUCAUCGAUAUUGUCAGAAAACUGAACACGGCCGACAGAAAAAUGUCCGAGGAACACAUCGCUUACAUCCUCAAAUAUACGAUCAAGGCGCUGGUGUAUUUGCACGAGAACAAAGUGAUGCAUCGCAAUCUGAGGUGCAGCAACAUAUUAAUAACAAAGGAUGGGGAAGUAAAACUAUCUGAUUUUGGGUUGUCUAAGAGAUUGAAUAGUUCUCUGGACAAAGCUAGGACGAAUAUCGGAUCGCCUGGGUGGAUGGCACCAGAAGUGAUAGCUGGUGAUGGAUACGGAAACAGAGCCGAUGUGUGGGCAUUGGGAAUAACGACGAUUGAAAUGGCAGAUUCUAAAGCACCUUUUCAGGACAUGCAUCCGACAAGGGCAUUGUUUCAAAUCGUAAGGAAUCCCCCACCUAGUGUCAAUAGGCCAGCUAUGUGGUCUAAUGAUAUUAACGACUUUAUAACUGAAUGCCUUGAGAAGAACCCUGAACAUCGGCCAUACGCUAUGGAGUUAGAAGAACAUCCAUUUAUACAAUCAGUUCCAGAAAACGAUUUUCAUUUAACCACAGAGCUGAAAAUGUUAGCUUUUGAGUUAAAAGAUAAAGAACUUCCACGUAAACCACCAGAAAGGAUAAUUAAAAAUGGUCUUCUGACAACUGAAGGUGUAAGCGAAUCAGAAACUAUGCAAGUAGAAGACCUAGCUGCUCUAGAAGUACUCACAGAAGACAGUAUUCUAGCAGAACUGCAGACUAAACUAGCAAAAGGUUAUUUUACUUCAUUUAUUGGCGAUGUUCUUCUUAUACUCAAUCCAAAUACGCACGAAGAUAUUUACAACGAAGAAUAUCACAAAAAGUACGAAUGCAAAUCAAGAUCUGACAACGAACCGCAUAUAUUCGCUGUAGCUGACGGAGCUUAUCAAGAUGCUCUUCAUCACAAUGAACCUCAACAUAUUGUGUUUUCUGGAGAAAGUAAAUCUGGCAAAACAACCAAUAUGAACCACGCUUUACGGCACCUGACUCAUUUAGGAGCUAUGAAGAACAACGUUGCGGACAGGAUUGAAAGGGCUAAGAAUGUUAUUCAAGCAGCUAUAAGUGCUGGCACCCCUAUUAACGUACAAUCUACAAGAGCUAUCUUCCAAAUUCAAGUAACCUAUGGCAGUUCUGGAAAGUUAAGCGGAGCAAUAUUUUGGUUGUAUCAACUGGAAAAAUGGAGAGUCUCAUCAACGGAUAUGUCCCACGCAAAUUUCGAUCUACUUUAUUAUUUUUAUGAUGCCAUGGAAGCCGGAAACAGGCUAGAUGAACUAUCACUUGAGAAAAACAGAAAGCAUCGGUAUUUAAGGAUACAAGAAGAACCAAGAAAAUUAAAAAAAUCUGUAAGAGAAACUCCAGCAGAAAAUGUUUCUAAAUAUAAGGAAUUCAUAGAAAAUCUCAAAGCUUUAGAUUGGGAGCAAGAGGAUAUUAUCAUGUUUGAAACAAUUCUAGCUGCUAUUCUCACGCUUGGUAAUGUCAGAUUUAAAGACGGGAAGAAUGGAACAGCAGAGAUCGAGAAUCCUGACGAAGCAAAGAAAGUAGCCAAACUAUUGUCUCUUGAGGAGGUGAAGUUUAUGUGGGCGCUUCUCAACUACUGUUUAAUCGAAAGGGGGACAGCAGUGAAAAGAAAACAUUCCACGGAUGAAGCUAGAGACGCACGCGACAUGCUAGCGAGUGCAUUAUACAAACGACUGAUCGAUUGGAUGAUUAAUUUAAUAAAUUCCAAAUUAUCUUUUAUGAGAUCAGUAUUUGGAGAUAAAUAUUCAGUAAGUUUGUUGGACAUGUUUGGAUUUGAAUGCUUUCAUAGAAAUCGCUUAGAACAACUAAUUGUGAACACGACAAACGAACAAAUACAAUUUUUGUACAAUCAGCGAGUUUUUGCUUGGGAAAUGCAAGAAACUGCAGAUGAAGAAGUUGAUGUAGUCGCUUUACAUUUCUAUGACAAUAAGCAAUCGGUCGAUCAGCUAAUGGGAAGACCACUUGGCCUCUUCUAUAUUUUAGACGAAGCUAGUCGUACUGGAAGUGGACAAGAAUUUAUCAUGAGUACCAUUCGGACAUCCUGCAAAGGUCCAUACAUAAAGUUGUCCGGUAGCCAUGAAUUCAGCGUUGCACACUAUACAGGAAAAGUCAGUUAUGACGCCAGAGAAAUAGCCGAUAAAAAUAAAGACUUCCUGCCUCCGGAAAUGAUAGAAACUAUGAGAGCAUCAAUCAACACCACAGUUCAAGAGUUAUUUAGAAACAAGUUGACCAAAACAGGGAAUUUGACUGUAUGCUCAAGUCAACCAAAAGUAACUGUGGUGAAGUCAAAGUCUGAAAAAGAUAUGGAAAAUACCAAGGCUCGAAAAUUUAACACAAUGUCCAAAGGACAGUUUUCACAAGUACAUAGAAUGAGAACAGCGGCUGCCACUUACCGAGCCACUAGUUUAGAGAUCCUCAAGCAGCUUUCUGUAGGUCCAGGGAGCGGGGGCACCCACUACGUCCGAUGCAUUCGGGCAGAUCUUAAUGACAACCCUAGAGGUUUUCAGACAGAAGUUGUUCGGCAGCAACUGAGAGCUCUUGCUAUCUUGGACACUGCAAAAGCAAGACAAAAUGGUUUCCCGUGUCGUAUACCAUUUGCUGAAUUUAUUAGAAGGUACCGUUUCCUAGCCUUCGAUUUUGAUGAAAAUGUGGAGGUGACAAAAGAUAACUGCAGAUUAUUGCUGAUUCGGCUCAAAAUGGAGGGUUGGGAGCUUGGCAAGACAAAAGUAUUCUUGAAAUACUACAAUGAAGAAUUUUUAGCCAGGUUAUAUGAAACACAAGUAAAGAAAAUUGUCAAAGUGCAAUGCAUGAUGAGAGCUUACCUUGCUAGAAGAAAAGCGGUAAAGAGCAAGUCGAAAGCUCAGCACAUUAAAGAACUAAAGAAACAACAGUCUAUGAAUGUGACAGAGGAUGAUGCUGCAUUACUUAUACAGAAAGCGUACAGAGGUUACAUGGUCCGGAAAGCUUAUGGGCCCCUUGUAAGCAAAUCAACCGGUGAAAUCGAUGAAGAGACUGCAUUAUUUCUGAAGAGGUAUGCCAUGAAGUGGAAAAGCCGAUCAAUCUUCCAAGUUCUGUUGCAGUACAGAGCAGUUAGAUAUCAGGAUUUGGUGCAUUUUUCACAGCAGGUACAUAUCUACAACCAGUCGUUGCUAGAAUCAUUAUUAAACAGCAGUACCUCCGUGCUUUUGGACAGAGUGGACCCUAACGCCAAAGGAAAGGACUUCCUUGGCUCCAGCCCGCCCAGCGUCUGGAAACUUCCAUUCAGGAUCGACCAGCUUCAGUACUACGACACUUCUUAUAUGUGUGAUCCGGCGGUUAAGAGCAGUGACACAUUUGCCAGUCUAUGCGACUCCGACCACGAGCAAUGGGAUGAGCCGUUACAACGGAGAUUCAGUUCAGCAUCAGCACAAACUUCGCCCAGCCUGGCUACCACGGGCACUCAGACGCUCAUUAACGUGCCGUUCUGCAGAGAUCCCACGCAGCCCGUGCCCAAAUUACCACCAGACGAACCCCCUAAAGUAGACAGGAGCCCCUCCAGAAAAGAGGCUAAUCGACCCGCAGUCUACAAGAAGAAACCCAACUAUUCCACCAACACAUCUUACUACCAGCCUCCAGCACCCUGGGCGGGCGCCCGUGACGACGCUAACGUUUUAGAAAACACCAACCAAAGCUUACGAAAAACGAGCUACAGCCGAAGUCUAUACGGCGUCAAUUCUCAAGACAUGAACGACCCUAUAAGGGAACUCCAGGCGAUGGCAAAAUCGACAAGCGACUUAAACGACGACGACCCGCCGUUCAACUUCCAGGCCAUGUUGAAAAAGACGCCGCGAAACAGGGCAUCGAUGAAACGACUAGGUGAAACUGACAAUGGCAUGUGGGAGGGCAAGCCAGAGCCUCGCAAGACCCCUACGCCUAAACCUUCGACGAAAGGUCCGGCACCGCCGAGGCCUAUGAGUAGAGAAUUCGUGCGAAAAGACUCCAGGGAACUUAUCAUGUCGGCCGCAAAAAGGAGCAGUGUUACACCUGAUUUAGAAAGUCGGUCGCCUGUAGAAUACAGAGAUGUACGAUCACCUGUUGAUAACAGAGAUGUGCGAUCACCUGUUGAUAACAGAGAUGUGCGAUCACCGGUAGAAAACAGAGAUGUGCGAUCACCAGUAGAAAACAGAGAUGUACAAUCACCGGUAGAAAACAGAGAUAGCCGGCCACGCCAAAAAGUAGUCUUAGCGCCAGGAUUCAGCGUCGAAGGAAUGGUAACAGACUUGUAAUAGAAACAAGAAAGGUAUUUUGUAAAAAAUAUAUUUAAUCCCCAAUGGAAGUCCGCAAACAUUCUCUUUUACUCUAGCAUUAUUAUGGCGUAACACUAUUAAUAUUUUUGACAUUUUAGUUUUAAAGCCACACGUUUUAUGUGAAUCAUAAGAUUUCAAUGUUAAGACUACUAAGUAGAAUAUAAUUUGAGUCUCAAUAGAGAUUAGUAUACUGAAUACAAUAUUAAAGCAGAUCAUGGCAUGUACUGACUCGCUUUCAAACAUAUAUCUUAAGGAUCCAUCACGUCAUAUAAAAAUAAUAUAUCAAGUUUCACUUAUCUCAUAACUAGCUAUAAUCUAACUUAUCGAAAUUGCUUUGGUAACUUAUUACAAUAAUUUUCUUAUAAAGUAGAUUGAGUGGUCGAAUGUAUUACCUACUACAAUAUUAGUGCCAUCGCUUUUAGAGAAUACCUUCGAAAGAUUGUGUAAGAAUGAUUGAUGAAUUUGUAAUAGCUUUGCAAUUGAACAACGCAUUUAAACAAGCAAAUUUAAUAAUAUAGUGGAACUCGUUGUUGACAUCUCUUUUAUGCCCAGUUUUACCAUUUUAUGUCGACAAUUUGGAAAUAAAAUACUCACGAAUCAGACACGCAUUUAUUGACAUCUCAUCCGAAUUUCGUCAGACGCUCCAAAAAUACAACACAACUUCGGCAUUCCGGUCAAUAAGUCCGAUAAUCUAAUUUUUAGUAAAAUAAUUAAUAUAUAAUUUCAGUGACCUGUUGGGAUUAGUGGAAUAAACAAUUUUCCAAGUGAUGUUAAAUCUCCCCAACAUUGAAACCAAUGCUAAAGUAAAAACGCGUCGUAUAACUGCAUUAACCACAUACAAAUCCGGAAAAUUAUAAGCAUUUACAGACACAUUUAUAUACUUUGUUUCCAGAUUCUGUUUGUUCACUUACUAAGAUAACUUUUCAUAUACUGUGACGUAAUAAUGAUAAUGAAGCUCAUAGAAAUUUGUAAAGAGUUUUAUGAUAUGUUUUUCAUAAGAAUUUACCGCAGUACCUAGUUUAUUAAUUAUGUCACUUGUGUUCGAAUGCCCGUAGAAUCCAGUGGUUAUACAACUUAUAUAAUUGUCAUUUAAUAAUCACAAAUCUUCAACUGCCUUACAUUAUCUUAAUAUAAUAAUAACACAUAAAUAUUAGUACGAAAAA